AUGCCGCAAUUACAAAUUUUGCAUCUGUUUCAAAAUCAUCUUAGUGGUACAAUUCCAUCAUCAAUAUGCAGAAUGGAAACUUUAAGAUCACUUGUACUUAGGACCAAUCAAUUAUCUGGGGAGCUACCUCAAUGCUGGAAUGCAUCACAAACGCUAUGCAUUUUGGAUAUGGGAAACAAUAACUUGCUGGGCGAAAUUCCAAGCUCAUUGGGUUCCUUGAGUUCUCUUCAGGAGUUAAUCCUGGUCAUUAUUGAUCUUGGAGGAAACAAAUUGUCAGGAAAAAUUCCUUUGUGGAUUGCAGAAUAUGCCUCUACAUUACAAAUUCUACACCUGCGAUCUAACUCAUUCAGCAGUGUCAUCCCUCGACAAUGGUGCAAUCUUACGAACCUUCACAUCCUAGAUCUUGCACACAACAACAUUUCCGGAGUUAUUCCUAGCUGUUUGGGAAAUAUAACAGCUCUAGUUUAUGGUAAUAGCAGCAAAUUCGAUCUCGACAUUGAGAAAAUAGUUGUGGUGGCAAAAGGAAAAGAGCUCACUUAUGGAACAACUAUGAACUAUGUCCAAAGCAUUGAUCUUUCAGCAAACAGCCUAGUUGGAGAAAUUCCAGAAGAGAUAACAAGCUUUGUUGCACUUGGUACCUUAAAUCUUUCAAUGAAUCAUCUGUCUGGAUGGAUACCAGACAACAUUGGGAAUUUGCAAUAUUUGGAAACCUUGGAUGUUUCAAAUAACAAUCUAUCAGGAUCAAUUCCUCAAAGUUUGUCUUCGUUAACUUUUUUGGCACACCUGAACGUGUCUCACAACAACUUGGUAGGAAAAAUUCCAUCUAGAAAUCAGCUCGAAACACUCGAUGAUUCAUCGAUUUAUGAAGGUAACCCUCUACUGUGUGGACUCCCUCUUCUAACCAAAUGUCCAGGUGAUGAUAUAUUUGAUGUGCGACCUCAAGAUGGAGGACAUCUCGAUGAUAGUGACGAUGAAAAUGGUCUUGACAUGGCAUGGUUCUAUAUCGGCUUGGGACCUGGAUUUGUUGUAGGAUUUUGGGUUGUCUUUGGUACAAUAUUGAUAAAAAAAGUCGUGGAGGCAUUGCUACUUCCAGUUAUUGGAGAACAUGAUAGAAAGGAUCGUUCUUUCGAUUGCAUUGAGAGUGACUAA